AGAUUAUAGUUUAGACAAUCAACUCACAAGGACACUAGGUCAUCUCAUCCAUCUCUUCCAGUAUUUGAAAUGGCAAUAAGUUGCACCGACUCAAGUACUGCAAUUACUCCUUUUCUUCUUGAAAUAGAUAGAAAAAAUUAUGAAGAUUGGAAAUUUUACAUUAAAAACUAUUUAUUGGCUCGAGAUCUUUGGGAAAUUGUUGAAUAUGGGAGUAUUCAAGAAGGAAAUUGGAGGAAAAAGAAUGCUGCAGCUCUACAUGCAAUUCUUUCUGGCUGUUCACUAGAUAUUUGUCGUGAAAUAAUGAAGUUCGACUUGCGCAGCUCGGCCAAGGAUGUUUGGAUUCAGGUAGCCAGACAGCCAGAAGAGCAGGGACCUAAAGAGAGGUUGAGUAGAGUAGAAGAAAUUAAUAGACGUGACUGUGUAAAGUUGACAAAGAAAAUUUACAAUGGAGAUUGGCAAGCUGUAUGGGAGUUUAUUGUUUUUUACAUGGGUGGACGAUUUCCAGCAAUUACAGACUUUGGUGAAACUGCUCUUCAUGUUGCAAUCAAGGCCGAGCAAGAUGAGAUUGCCGAAAAACUGGCAGAGAUGAUGUCAGAAGAAGAUUUGGAAAAAAGAGAUAACUAUCGUCACACAGCUCUCUCCUAUGUUGCAUUUGAGGGAAGAACAAAAUUGGCAAAAUCCCUAGUCAAACGGAACCCAAGUUUGCUUACCAUUGAAGACAUUGAAGGCAAUAUCCCGCUUACUAGGGCAUGUGGUGUUGGCCACAGGGAGAUGACAGACUACCUCUACAAGGUAACCCCUAAGGAUAUCUUGAAACCAGGAAAAAAGGGUAAUCAUGGAUUCCAUCUCAUACGUUGCUGUAUUGCUAACAAAAUGUUCGGUAAGAAUAUAUAACAAAACUUUUUACGUACUACUAUUUUAUUGUGUGUUAGUGGGGAUUUAGGAUCUAAGGGCAAAGGAGUGACAUGCUUAGCUUUUCUUCUAUGUCUUGAAAAACUAGAUAUUUGCUGGAAUCUACUCCAAAAAUAUCCAAGUUUGGCUGUUGGCAUCGACACACAGGGAGAGUCUCCUAUUUUUAUGUUGUCUCGUCAACCUUCUGCAUUUUAUAAGGAUUCUGAGCUUUCACUUAGACAGCGAUGGAUUUAUUACUGUAAGUAACGCACUCACUGGUCAGCAUUAAUAUUUUCAGUUUUAAUUAAUUUGACUUUUUUUG